CCUGUGCAAUGGCCUUUUUCUACGCACUUUGUAGCUGUGUCUUGUUGAUGGAAAUUUCCGUUCAUAAUAGUUUCUCAAUUAUAAGUCAUAUAUUCAUUCGUUUUAGAAAAAUGUUCAUUUAGGUGAAUACUGCGUCAUUGCUAAACGGAAUUAUAGAAUUGUUGCAGCAAAUAUCGAACUGUCAAGAGCAUUGUGCUUGUUUUUCACUGGAGUUCUUUCCCUUGUGCUAUUUUUGAAGUUGAUCAACUUUUGAAGUUAUUAUUUUUCGUUGAUAUGGAGUUCCACGGUGGUGGGUCUGGUGGGGUCGUGGUCAGUGGCAGUAAUGUACCUGCAUUUCUUACGAAACUUUGGACUCUUAUUGAGGAUCCGGACACCGAUCCUCUGAUAUGCUGGAGCCCAAAUGGCAACAGCUUCCAUGUGUUUGAUCAGGGCCAAUUCUCCAAGGAGGUGCUUCCCAAGUAUUUCAAACACAAUAACAUGACCAGCUUUGUACGCCAGCUCAAUAUGUACGGCUUCCGCAAAGUAGUCCACAUUGAGCAGGGCGGUCUGGUGAAGCCUGAGAAGGAUGACAUGGAAUUCCAGCAUCCCUACUUCAUCCGCGGACAGGAGCCUCUGCUUGAAAAUAUCAAACGGAAAGUUACCAAUGUGUCCAAUGUUAAACAUGAAGACCUCAAGAUGAGCUCAGACGAUGUCUCGAAAAUCCUGACCAACGUGCAGAACAUAAAAGGCAAGCAGGAGACCAUAGACUCCCAAAUCAUCGCCAUGAAGCAUGAGAAUGAAACUCUUUGGAGAGAGGUGGCCAGCCUCCGACAGAAACACGUCCAGCAGCAGAAAGUCGUUAACAAGCUCAUCCAGUUCCUAGUGACCCUGGUGCAGUCCAACAGAGUCCUGGGGAUGAAGAGAAAGAUUCCCCUGAUGCUGAACGACAGCAGCUCCGCCCACUCCAUGCCAAAGUACAGCAGGCAGUACUCUCUGGAACACCUUCAGGCCUCGCUGCAGGCAUCGUCCUCUAUCUCUCCCUCGGGCUCCCCAUUCACCAGUACAGGUCUCUUCACGGCGGAGUCGUCACUUAACAACGGCCCCAUAAUCUCAGAUGUCACUGACCUGGCUCAGGCCAGCCAUGUGGAGGUCACCAAUGAGUGGAUGGAGGAAAGCACGAGCCCAUUGGUCCACAUAAAGGAGGAGCCAUCCAGUCACAUGUUGGAGGAGGUGUGUCCUGCUGAGGUUGUGAUUGGGGGGGCAGGGGUACAGGUUGACACGCCUCUGUCCCCCAUCAACUUCAUCAACUCCAUCCUGCAGGAGAGCAAUGAGCCUAAUGCGGCCCCUGCCCCCACGACCCCUACGGAGCAGAAGUGUCUCAGCCUCGCCUGUCUAGACAAGAGUGAGCUGAGUGACCAUUUGGACUGCAUCGACAAUGGCCUGGAAAACCUCCAGACUAUCCUGAAUGCACAGUCCAUCAAUUUUGAGUCAUCACCCUUCUUUGAAUUCUUCAGUUCUUCCCUGCCUGGCUCUGAAUUCGACCUGGAGAGCCUUGACAGUAUCCAGGACUUGCUUUCAUCGGAUCCACCUAAAGGGGCUGAGAGAAGUGACAACUACACCGGGAAGCAGCUUGUCCAGUACACCACCCAGCCAAUGUUACUGACUGACCCAUUGACCAGUGAGAACGGGGGGGCGGACCUCCCCUCUCUGCUGGAGCUGGAGGGGGACUUAUAUUUCAGCCAGGACCCUGAAGAGGAACCUACCAUCUCACUCCUCACCUCUGACACAGAAGCACCAGACAAGCCCAAAUUAUCCUAAAGAAACUUUUUAUGAAGGGAUGUACUAGUAUGUUUAAUUUUAUUUUGUUGUGUUCAUGUGCAGAUGAUGACAAAUCAACCUGGUUGAAUCCAAAUGAUGGUUGUUCACUAUUCUCUAUGAGCUAUUGAGCUUCAUUCAUUUCAAGGCUUAAACUUCCUAGUGAAAGAAUUUUGCUUUAGAAGUUCGACUUAAAUUACUGCCAUGGUUUGUUCAGCGCUUGGAAGUGACUUCCUGGGUUGAAUUAUCUGUGGUCUUAUUGGCGGGCUUUAAAUAAAACUACCUAAAAGCUUAAUCAUUACCAGGUCUAGUUUUAAGCAUUGAUCACCAAGCACCUUUAACUAGUAGAUGUGGAAGUAUUCAGAAUAAUUGUUGUAACAAUACAGGGCAUAGAUUCAGUACAUUACUGUUUCUGGGGGAAAAAACACUUCAUCUUUUUGUUUCUCUUUUUUCCUGGGAGGGGUAUUUUCUUUUACCUAUUGAUAUAAGGGUAGUACCUUAACAUUAUAAAGUGUUUUAAGUCUUUGUACUGCA